AUGAAAUAGAAUUAAAAUUAUAUUGAUUUAUAAGAUUUGCUAAACUAAAAUCUAUCUCUCUAUAAAACUCUCUAAAUUAAUUUGGUAGAAGAGGAUUUAAACAAUUUAAGUUAUGCUUUAAAAAACUGUUCUUAACUUUCAGCUUUAUCAUUGUUGAUUGGAAUAUAUAAUAAGAACUAAAAUAAUAGUUAUAACAAUCUUAUUCUAAUAUGUGGAGCUAUAGAGUAAUUUAAUGAUCUUUAGUAUUUGGAUCUCUAAUUUUCUUAUGGGAAUAAUUUGAGUGAUGAAGAAAUAUCAAAACUAUCUUUGGCGAUAUCUAAAUUUGCAAACCUUUAAACUUUUGUGCUUGUUUUUUCAAGUUAAUUGAUAACAGAGAAAAGUUUUUAUACUUUAACUUGUGCUUUAGGUCUAUGCUCAAAUCUCUAAAAUUUAGAACUUUAAAUCUCAGGUUCAACAAAUUUAGCCUUCAACCAGCAUGGUUUAAUUUCAGGAUUAGAAAAAUGCAAUAAUCUAAAGGAUUUGAAGUUUUCAUUAUCGUUAUUUUCAUUGAAUAAGGAGUUUGUAUAUGAUAUUUGCUCUUCUUUAUCGAAAUGCGACAACCUACAAAAUUUAUAUUUAAAAUUCAUGGGCUGUGACCUUAAUGAUGAUUCAGUAUCUGGUUUAGAGCUCUUGGGUAACUGCCCUAAUAUAGUAGGUUUAGAAUUAAACUUAAGAAAUAAUAAUAUUUGUGGACUGAGUGAGUUUGGAUUAAAGUCUGCAUUAGCAAAAUAUGUUAAUCUUUAAAAGUUUUCUCUUAUUCUUGAUUUAAAUCCAAUCAAUGAUGAAGGUUUAAGCAAUUUAAGUACAGCUUUUUCUUAAAUCACUAAGAUUAGAAGCUUAAAAAUCAUUAAGUCUUGCUAAGUUGUUCAAAAUUAUCUUCCUUAAGUCUUUAUUUAAUAGUAAAUAGUAUUACUGACAAAGGGGCAUCACAUUUAGGUUCCUUCCUUGUAAAAUUAAAAAAUCUCACAAAUUUAGGGCUUUUCUUAUAUAAGUGCUAUAUUGAAGAUGCAGGAAUAUUAAAUAUUGCAACUGGUUUAUAAAAGUGUGAUAAUCUUUAAACUUUAGUCUUAUCAACAUAUAACAGAAAUGUAACCAUGUAAGCGAAAUAAAAUUUAAAGUUUAAAAUUAAGAAAAUAAAAAGAUUAAUCAAAAUUAAAUAAUAUUCUUGAUAAAUUUAAUAAAAGUAUUAUUUAUUUAUAUUCUUAGUAGAAAUAUUUAAACCUCUAAAAUAUUAUUUAAAUUAUUUUUAUAAAAUUAAUAAGUAUUUAAUAAUUAAUUAUCUUUCUUGAAAAUUUUUAAAUUAAUUUGUUAUUUUAAAAAUAUUUGGUCAUCUUAUCUUUGGGAUAUAUAAUUAUUUAAUUUAUACAUAAAAACAGUCAAAAUGUACAUAAAUCUUAUCAAAUUUGUAAUAAAUUAAAUUCAAGUAUAAUGUUGAUUAAAUUAACCAAUUAUAACAUAAAUAUGUAAAUAUUAACUAAAUAAAUAAAUGAAAUUAACUAAUUGUUCAUACUUAAAAUGAAAAUAAAUUUAAAUAAAAAAAAACUUUGA